CAAGCUUCGACGACGACUUCGCCAUGCUUCUGUUUGUUCGCAUUCUCUGCCUCCUCGCCGUUUUAGCGGACGUGCUCGCGUACGACUCGUCGUUCGUCCAGCUGAUCGACGACGCCGUCACUAUACUGUUUCCGCCGGUCAGAGUGUCGGCGUAUCUCUGUCGCUUGGACCAAGACGAGACGAUCCGGCUCUCCAGAGUGAUGUCGAGGAGCGGCCUCGCUCACGAGAUACGCGCCGAGCUCGAGGGACUCGAAGUACGAACGGACCGCGACCUCUGGGAUCAUCGAGUGUUGUACGUGCUGGAUCUGGACUGCGACUACGCGGUUCCACUUUUACGAGCGGCAAACGCGAGCGGCAUGUUCUCCGCGCCGACCAGAUGGCUGCUGCUUCGAGAUGGAACGAUCGGUGAAAACGUCACCGACGACGAGAACGUUACCGUGGAGCAAACGUUCCGGGACAUGGCCGUGUAUCCCGACAGCGAGGUGACGGUGGCCACCGAGGUCAGGCCCGAGGUCGAGGAUGGCUCGAUCGCCUGGCAGAUGACCUCUGUCUACAGACCUAGCCCGUUUCGCGAGCUUCUGACGGAGAACCGUGGAACCUGGACGGCCGAUCGUGGCGUUCGCGCGAUCGAUCUUCGCCCGACGUCGCGACGACGGAGAGAUCUUCGACGAACGACCUUGAAAUCCUGCCUCGUGAUGACCGAUCCCGAUACGAUCAACCACUUAACCGAUUACGAGAAUAAGCACAUAGAUCCAGUUACGAAGGCCAACUAUCCAUGGGUGAUGCACAUAGCGAACCGAAUGAACGCAACCAUCGAGUUUCGCGUGACGGACAGCUGGGGAUACCGGGACAAGAACGGGACGUGGAACGGCAUGACGGGAAUGUUGCAACGUCGUGAGAUCGACAUAGGUGGCACCGCGACCUUCUUUAUUCCGCAGCGUAUCGGGGUGGUCGAUUACAUACAACUUUACACGCGCACCAAUGCGCACUUCAUCUUCCGUCAACCGCUGCUGUCGAGCAUCAGCAACAUCUUCGUGCUGCCGUUUCAACGGUCCGUCUGGAUAGCGAUCGGCGUGUUUCUCCUGCUGGUGCUCGCGUUGCUCUCCGUCUCGGCCAAGUGGGAGUACCGUCGUGGCAUGUCGGCCAACAACGCCGAGUACUGGCAGCAGUUCCAUCAGAGCGAGCUAACGCUCGGCGAUAGCUUCAUGGUGGUGCUGGGAGCUAUCGCGCAACAGGGAUACUCUUACGAGCCGUAUCGCGUUCCCCCCCGAAUCGUCACUCUGAUGCUGCUGAUCGCUGCUCUCAACUUGUACGCUUCUUACACGGCCAACAUCGUCGCUCUGCUCCAAUCGACCACCGACUCCAUCAAAACUCCCGCCGACCUGUUACACAGUCCGUUGAAAUUGGGGGUUCAAGACGUGGUCUACAGUCGGCAUUACUUCAAGACGUUUCAGGAUCCGGUACGAAGAGCGUUGGUGGAUCAAAAGAUCGAGCCAAAGGGUCAUAAUGGCUCGUGGAUGACGGUGCAGGAGGGAGUUCGUCGCGUCAGAAACGGGCUGUUUGCGUUCCACGCGGAGCUGGGCGCCUUCUACAAGAUAGUGCAGGAGACGUAUCUGGAGGAAGAGAAGUGCGGGAUCAUGGAGAUCGACGUGCUGAACAUGCUGUAUCCGCUUCUGGUGAUGCAAACUCGGUCGCCGUACUUGGAGAUCGUGAAGAACGCGGCUUUGGUGGUGAGCGAGACCGGUCUGCAAACUCGCGAGGACAGCCGACUGUACACGAAGAAGCCCAAGUGCCACGGAAGUACGAGCUUCGUCAGGAUAGGUAUCACCGAGUGCUACUUUGCGUUGGUCGCCGUGGGUUACGGGACGCUUCUGAGUCUCGUCGUGCUGGCGGCGGAGUUUCUCUGGUGCCGAGUCGAAGGCUCGAUCGACCGAUGGUUGACCAACGACGACGCAGUGCCACGCAGCCAAGUCGAUCCGUUCGAACUAGUCGACCAAGAGAUUCGCGAGUUCGAGAACGGAUCGGCCUAGUACAACCGAAUGUUUCCAAAACGCGUUAAGCGCUCAGCGGUAGAAAGUGUUGAUAGUAAUUUUUGGUGAAUUCCAGCAUGAGGUCGAGCGUGCACUCGGGUAGAUCUUCGACGCACUUGGCAGGAUUGCCGGCGAAACGUGUGAACGAGGGGAUCACCGUCUCCGGCGGUACAACCGCCCCGUCCUCGAUGUAGCAGCAGUCCUUCAGCACGCACCUCCUUCCCUACGGUAGUUGCAAACGAGCACAGUUUUUACUUGUCUACUAGCAGCGGGUCGCUCGCGCGACUCGGUGUUAAUAAAGCCUGCAAAGAGCGUACGUAC